UAUCACUUAUACUAAUAAAGUGCAUGCGUUAACGAAUGUGUCCGCAAUGUUAAUAUUUCAGUCAGGUUUAUUUGUUCGUAAAUGGUGUUUGGUUCCUUUCUCUAGUUGAGUGAUAUUUAAAUAUAAUCAGUAUUAAUAUUCAUCCUAAAUUUUUAAAUCUUAUGUGAGAGUAAAAUUAAUAAAAGUUUACAUUUGUAUCACAUCUUGAAAAUAGAUUUGCCGUGAGGGGUAUUGUUUUAUUGUGAUUUGAACUUCGCUGAACCGGAAAAAAGUGUAAUCUUCCAAACCAGUGUUCUAACAGCAUUUCAAAAAUGAUCAAGGCUGGAAACAUUAUUUCAUUGAAUUCUCGGUUGGGAGCUUUUGGAAUUUCAUCUUCGAAAAAACAUUUAAAGAUGAGUAAGAGGAUAGCUUCCCCGUUGACAGCAGCAACAUUCGUUCGGAAAAUGUCCUCCGCACUCUUCGAGCAUCCCGAAAAAACUUCAUACGUGAACGGAGCAUGGGUGCCUGCAAGUUCGGGUAAAUUAUUUGAGUGCUUAAAUCCAGCCAACGGAAAAUCUAUCGGUUCUGUUCCCGAUAUGGACUCCAAAGACACCGAGGUUGCCCUAAAGGCGGCUGCAGAAGCAUUUAAGACAUGGCAGAAAACGACCGCGAAGGAGAGGGGAAUCUUACUCAGGAAAUGGUUCGACAUUUUAGAGCAAAAGAAAGAUACCCUGGCUAAAAUAAUCACACUAGAGGCAGGCAAACCAACGGCUGAAUCUCUUGGAGAGGUUGCAUAUGGAAAUGCAUUUUUAGACUGGUUUUCGGAAGAAGCUAGAAGAAUUAACGGUGAAGUUAUUCCGAGCCCAGUCAAAGAAAAACAGAUGAUUUUGGUAAAGCAACCUAUUGGAGUUGUAUCUUUAAUCACUCCCUGGAAUUUCCCUUACGCGAUGAUAACCCGAAAAGCAGGUGCCGCUCUCGCCGCCGGUUGCACUUGCGUCAUCAAACCUGCAGAAGACACCCCUUUCACUGCACUGGCUUUGGCCCACUACGCUCAUCAAGCAGGUAUUCCUAAGGGCGUCCUAAACGUAGUCACGUGUAACAGAUCAAACGCACCCCAGAUUGGCAAGAUAUUAGCGACCAGUCCCAUCGUGGCAGGACUUUCAUUCACAGGAUCGACGGAGGUUGGGAAACUUCUCUACGAGCAAUGUUCCGCUGGAGUGAAAAGAAUUGGAUUGGAGUUGGGUGGCAACGCUCCGUUCAUCGUCUUUGAAAAUGCAGAUUUGAAUGUUGCCGUUAACGGUGCUAUACCCGCAAGAUUUAGAAACUGCGGCCAGACCUGCAUUAGUGCGAAUAGAUUUUUAAUUCAUGAGGCAGUUUUCGACAAAUUUGUCGAUAUGUUUGCUGAAAAGAUUAAAAAUUUGGUUGUUGGAGACGGAUCAAAAUCUGAAGUGAAUGUGGGACCACUUAUCAAUAAAGCUCAAUUCACGAAGGUCUCCAGAAUUUUAACGGAUGCGAAAGAGAAAGGAGCUAAGAUUUUGUGUGGUGGCAAACCUGCCCCACAACUCGGAGAACUGUUUUUUGAGCCUACCCUUAUCACAGGCAUCACUCCUGAAAUGGCCUGUUAUUCAGAGGAAAUAUUUGGACCCCUUGCCAUUUGUAUUCCCUUCAAAACUGAGGAUGAAGCCGUUUCGAUAGCGAAUAGUACGAGGCGAGGUUUGGCCGGCUAUUUCUACACAUCGGACAUCAGUCAAGCAUGGAGAGUGGCUCGAGACCUGGAAGUUGGUAUGGUUGGCAUCAACGAGAGUCUGAUUUCUUCAGCGGAGGCUGCCUUCGGGGGAGUCAAGGAGUCCGGGCUUGGAAGAGAGG